AUGCGCGGUGCUGCAGGUGCUGUCCGCACUGUGCUGCCGUACGAUACGCUUGAGACGCGCUCCUUUUCCAUCAUUGCGCAUAUCGACCACGGCAAAUCAACGCUUGCCGACCGCCUGCUGGAGCAUACCCAGACCAUUCCCAGUGACGGAAGCAACAAGCAGGUUCUCGAUAAACUCAAAGUCGAGCGCGAGCGCGGCAUCACAGUCAAGUCGCAGGCAGUGAGCAUGCUGUACAAAGAUCCCAACCGCACCGAUACCAAACCGAUCCUGCUCAACUUGAUUGAUACUCCAGGUCAUGUCGAUUUUGCCUACGAAGUCCGCCGAAGCCUCUCGGUGUGCCAAUCUGCUCUGUUGGUCGUGGAUGCCACGCAGGGAAUCCAAGCACAGUCGAUCUCCGUAUUCAAGAUUGCACAGCAGUGUGGCGUAAAGAUCAUCCCCGUGCUGAACAAGGUCGAUUUGCCCGCCUCAAACCCUGCGCGGUGCGUUGCGCAGCUGAGCGAUAUAUUGGGCAUCGACAUGGCCGAUCCCGCGAAUGCGCCGCUGCUGGUGAGUGCAAAAACAGGAGAGGGCGUCGACAAGGUGCUGCACGCUCUAAUUUCGCGCACACAGCCGCUUUUAGGCGUCGAGGGCGGCGCGAUAGAACAGCGCGGCCUGCACGGCCUACGCGCGCUCGUAUUUGACAGCUGGUACGACAAGUACCGCGGCGUGAUUGCACUGACGAGCAUUGUGGAUGGCGCCGUACGCAAAGGCGAUCACAUUGCAUCGAUGCACACGGGCAAAAAGUACGAAGUGUUGGAUCUUGGCGUGCACCAUCCAGGCCCCAUUUCCACGCCGGUGUUGCGCAAAGGCCAGGUUGGGUGGAUCAUUACCAACAUGAAAGACACGGAGGAAGCGAGCGUCGGCGACACUUUCCACCGCGUUGGCGAACGCAUCGAGGCGCUGCCUGGGUUCCGCCCCGCGGUGCCGACGGUGUUUGCCGGCAUCUUUCCCACCGCCAAGACCGACUUUCUCAAGCUCGAGGACGCCAUUCAGCGGCUUGCGAUCAAUGACCGCUCCAUCACGAUGCAGCGCGAAUCCAUGAUGGCGCUUGGCCAGGGCUACCGCCUCGGCUUCCUCGGCACCCUGCACCUGGACGUGUUUCGCCAAAGGCUCGAGGACGAGUACGGACACGAGAUCAUAGUCACGACUCCCACGGUGCCCUUUCGCAUCACGUACAAAAACGGUGCGCAAGUCCUCUGCUCCAACCCCGUCGAAUUUCCCGACGAGUCUGUGCGAAAAACGCACGUUGCGGAUAUGCAAGAGCCGACCGUGCUCGGCUCGCUGGUAUGCCCCGAGGAAUACACUGGCGCAAUGAUGGAGCUGUGUGCAGAGCACCGCGGCGAACAGCUCGACAUCGACUUCUCCAAUGCAGGCGCCACGCAAGUGCAUAUGCUGUACAAACUUCCGCUAGCCGAAGUCGUAACCGACUUCUUUGACAAGCUCAAAUCGCGCUCUUCUGGAUUUGCCUCGUUCGACUACGAGGACGGCGACUAUGCGUCAUCUGACCUGAUCAAGCUGCGUUUCCUCGUGGCCAAUGCGCCGGUAGACGCCUUGGAGCUCGUACUGCAUCGCUCCAAGGCGGUGCAGUAUGCGCGAAUGUGGGUUAAGAAACUCAAGGACGCCAUCCCGCGCCAGCAAUUCGAGAUCAAGAUCCAGGCAUGUGCUGGCAGCAAAGUGCUUGCGAGCGAGACACAGAGUGCAUACCGCAAAGACGUCACCGCAGGACUGUACGGCGGGCAUUAUGAGCGCAAGCUCAAGCAUCUAAAUAAACAAAAAGAGGGCAAGAAGAAGCUCAAGGCCAUGUCGCUGGGCAGGGUGCGUGUGCCGCAAGAGGUGUUUGUGAAGAUCCUCGAUACGCGCAAGAAAUAG